AUGCCGUCUCACGAGUGGAAGAAUAUGGCGAUCGUGUUUGUGAUCGUGGUGGUGCUGAUUGUCAUUAUAGCGUUCUGGAUGAGCAGUAACAAUAACAGCGGAGGCGGCGGUAACAGCUUCGGUAACAGUGGUAACGGCAGUAGCAGUGGUCAGAACGGGAGUUUCGGUAGUUCCAGCAGUGGCGGUGGCGGAACGGGUGGUGGCUCGAACAAUGGAAAUCGCGACAAUAACUCACCACCUCCCGGUGGAAACACUGGCGGCGGUGGUAACGCGGCCGCCGCCGCUACCGCACCGUACUCCUACUGA